UCCGCCACAGCCCGCACCGGGGGUGGGUGCCGCCGAGCGCCAGCUCCCCGGCCGGCCCGAGAGCCCCCGCCGCGGCCCCUCCGCCGCGCCGCCCGCCCGCGCCUCCCUCUGCCUCUCCUGCCCUCAUUCUCCCGGAGUACUUAAGGAGGCAGCGGCAGGAGGGUGAGUCCUGGCCGCGGGCCGGGGCCGGGGCGCCGCUGGCAGGAGCACCUGGGGGAUCCGCCAAGCAAGGUGGAAUAAUGGCCUGUAAUACAUGGACCCAAGUCCCUUGACACUGGUCACCAUCAGCACUGAAAUCCAGGCCUCAACACAGUGAACCACUGAGCCCAGAACAGGAAGAGAAAGGAAAGGAAACCGACCAGGUGGGGAAUUGCAUCCAUUUCAAGGCCGACACUGAAGGCCCGCAGCUCUCUGCGGUCGUUCUGCAAACGCCCCCCGAUGACCGGCUCUGGUGGCGCCGAGCCCUCUGGGAAGUGAAGUCCUUGCGCCGGGACCUCCGACGUGACGCGGGCACCACCAAGUGCGCAGGUGCGGCUCCCAGAGCUUCGGGCUCGGGCCGUUUGUGUCCCUGCAGCUCCGUCCGCCCUCCCAGAGGGCGGCCCCGCGGUAAUCCGGGACCGGGGCCGCGGCGCGUCCGGGCAGUGAAAUGAAGAGGAGGUCAUAGAUAGCAAUAAGGGGACAAGAAAAGAAGCUAAUCAUGGAUUAUCUGACCAUUGAAGUUGAGGAAGAAGCCAUGGCUACUGAAUAUGCUUCUCUGCCCCAAAGACAGAGCACAGAAGAAAUGGAACCUUUUGUUGAGCUCCAGGAACUGGUGACGGUCAGGGAUGAGGAAAUGGACUUCACUCCUGUGGAGGAAGAAGAGCUGAAUUCUGCUCAAAGGUACAGGGGUGUGGAUAGGAAGAUGGAGAACUGCGGGAGCUUUGUCCUUUGGGCACCUGUGGAACCUUCUCAAGAGGAACAGUUGUGUGAAGGUUCAGAUUCAGUUGUUAGCAUGGAACUUUCAGAACCUGUUGUAGAAAAUGGGGAGACAGAAAUGUCCCCAGAAGAAUCAUUGGAGCACAAAGAAGACAUCAGUGAAGCAGAGCCAGUGGGUGGCUCCUUGGGAGGUGGAAGGCCCCCAGAGGAAAGUGCCCAGGAGAUGAUGGAGGAGGAAGAGGAGAUAGCAAAACCCAAAUGUGUGGUUGCAACGCCAGGUGCUCCUAAGAAGGAACAUGUAAAUGUAGUAUUCAUGGGGCAUGUAGAUGCUGGCAAGUCAACCAUUGGAGGGCAAAUAAUCUUACACACAUCAAGUAAUUCUUAUGAAGACACACAUCACAGUUUUCAGUCUGGGAAAGCAGAAUGGCACGGACCAGGUUCCAUGGCAGACACCAGUGGAAACACUAAGGACCCACCAAUGAAUGACCCAGCUCAUUCCAGCUUUGUGCCACCCCACAGUGAGUUACUUGAGAGCUGGGGGGCAUGGGCAGAGCCUAUCUGGACACAUAGUGUUAGGUCUCCUUCUAGAUACUUCAGUUAAAUUGCUCACAGCCUG